CCCUUAUAUAUAGGUACCAUUACCCCUCACUCGUCCAUGCUCUCUUCAAAACUGAAAAAGAUAAAAAAAAAAAAAAAUGGCAAAGAGCUCCAUUUUCUUGGUCUUGGCAUUGCUUCUGCUAUCUGCUGCACCGAGCACACCUCUGUCAACCACUAAUGGGCAACAUGCUGAUGAUCCUCAGAUACCAUUUUCCUCACCAGAAUCAAGUUUCAUUGAUGAUGAGUGCAAAAGUUUGGAUGGUGAAGAAUGUCAAAUUAGGAGGUCCUUGGCUGCUCAUACGGAUUAUAUCUACACCCAAGAAAACAAUGCGCCAUGAUCUUUUUUGUAUUACUCUUUUCCUCUGUAAUGUCAAUUUGCACCUGAAAAGUAAUCAAACUUAUGUUUCAAACUGUUUACGUUGAUGUUGCCAUUGAUCACUUAAUUCUUAUAUUCUUCUAAAUCAAGCUAUCAUUUUCAACCCUGUAAAUUGAAAUGAGCAUGUAUUAUAUCUGAAAGGCUGAAUAUAUACCUAAAAACACUAGAAAAAUAAUGCAAACUUAAUCUCUCAUGUAGGGGCUUUGAUUUUGAGAUUGGGUCUUUAGUGAGAAGGUCGUUUUGUACCAUAAAUAAAUAGGAAGAACAUGGUGGCUGUUGAUGGUGCCAUGGUGGAUUAUUCUUGAAACAGUGCAAUUCUCUGUCUGCCUGUCUGUCAAAUUUCUGUCACUAUAGGAAAAUUUUACAGGUUGUUCGACACCCAAAGUUUGGCACCAAUCUGUUGAAUUUGACUUCGCCAGGAGGCCAUGGUCCAAGGCUGCAAACACACGAGUGGAAACACGUGCUCUGAUAUUAAAACCUAAAAGGCUUAGGCCUGAUGUUUUUUUGGGCUCUCUGAAAUCUUAUGAUCUGAGUUCUGAAACCAACAAAACUCUGGCAUUCGUUUACAUCAGAUUAAUGGUUCUUCUUUUCUUCGAAUAAAGUCCUUGGUAGAUAUUCUUAGGACCCCAUAGGUCCAAUGUUUUUCUAGAUUCCAUCUUUUUUUGGCACCCAAAUCACCAGAUAACUGAAAACUAAAAUUGGGCUGCAAUCCACCACUCCUAAUCGAAGAUUUCAAGAUAUGAUUGUAUAG